AUGAUGAAACUGUUGGAUGAAAUAGAAAAGAAGGAUGAAGAAAACCUUAGAUUGCAGAAACAAAUUGAGGAAAAGGAUAAUGAAAUUAGUGAGAAAGAUGAGGAGAUUGUUAAAUUAAAGAAACAAGUGGAUGAUGUGGUAGAAGAUAAAGUGAAAAGAAGACAACAAAAUAACCCUAGGGGAAGAGAGAGAUAUGCAGUGAAUAUAGGGCAAAUGAGUGGUAGUAUGGAGAAGCAGACUACUGAAGAAGAAUCAAAAUCUAAAUGGAAUAAAGAACCGGAUCAGAAGACACAAAGAAAAGGAAUUGGCAGUAGCAAUAGGGAAUUCCUAGGUAAAUGUUUCAAGUGUGGAGAAACUGGACAUAGAUCUUAUGAGUGCUCUCAGGGAACUAGUAAGAAAGGAAUGACAAGGAAUUUCAUGGCACGUGAGGACAAGGAAACUGAGGAUACAGAUAAGAGUGUGGAGAAGGAGAAGGAAGUGAAGAAUUUGAGUCUUGUGAAGAAUUGUUGUGCUGAGAAGCGAGAUGCAGAGGGUGGCAUGGAUUUGACGAAAGACCUCGUUGAUGGGUCUAAUAGCAAGGUGGUACCAGACGACAAUAAAGUUAGAGUUAUGGUGGUGGAUAAGAUGAAUUCUUGUGGAAGAAAUAAAUCAGAUUUGUAG